AACAGUGUAUUGGCUAUAGCUCUGGGCCUAUUCAACAAAGAUUGGAUUGCUGUUAAUCAUCAUUGGAUUCAACGUAAAUAUUUAUCAUAAAAGAAAUUUCUUCAGAGCCAUUUAAAAAGACAAAAAUUUAGGACUUUCAUUCAUUGUUUGAGAUUUCCAUCAUGGGAUGUAAACAUUCAAAAGGAGCAAUCCGAAUUCAGCCCGUGGGGCCGGCAGAAAUCAGGAGGGACAAUUCUAAGCUGAAGAAAUGCAACAGUGAUAUGAACAUAGAAGUAGACCCCAGCCGUAAGGCCGGGAAAAAGAGCGCUAUGCGCCGGACAAAGUCCCAGAAAUCAACUGGGAGUCACCUAACGGCCUCGUGUGCCAGUCUGGAUUCCCAGCUGUCCUACUCGGAUUCUCCCCGGGGGCAGAGCGCCACCUCCAAGGUGUCUAAACAUAGCACAGACUCCGGACUCGGGGAGGAGUACGCCCACGUAAUCACGGAGUACUCCCCCGAAAGUGACAUCCAGAGGAUAGAGGAGGACUUCCGGGAGAAUGAGGGACUCGAUUUAGGGAUUUCUGGAACAGCAAUCCCCGUGCGAACGAGCGCCAAAGACCGCGAGCGGAUGCAGGAAGCCAUGAUUAUGCAGGCCCUACGAGAGGAAGGACUAAUUACCCGCCCUCAGGCCCAGGGCGCCUCAGGGGUCAGUUUCGAAAUAACAGAAGAUGGCGCCAUGAUGAAGCGACCACCUCCCCGACUCGAAAAGCUGGAGAGGAGAAGGAAGAAGAAAAGAGCACUGACUGAAGAUGAGAUCAAAGAGAAACUAGAAAGAGCAGAGAGGAGGAAGAGGAGAAAGGAACAAGAACGGUUAGAGAAAAUCAAAGAAAAAGAGAGGUCGAAUCCAAAUGAUGCGCUAGAGGCGUUUGCGCAGAUGCAAAGAGAGAAAGAGGAGCAAGUGAAUAAAAAACUAGACUCUGUAUCCGACAAACGAGAAAAAAUGCUUAAGGAGAGGCAGGAGAGACAGAAAGAAAGACAGAGACGGGCCGAGCUGGUCAGGCAACGAAAACAGCUGGCUUCCAUGGAAGGCAAUGAACAGGAAGAUGACGUCAUACCAACUGGAAAUCAGCUAGAUCGAUCCUAAUCUAAAAAAAAAGUUAUAGUUAAUUUUUACAUCUAGUCUUGUUUGGAGCUCGUUCAGAUCACUGCUCUUCAUUUUCGAAUGGAAAUAAUAGUAAAUCUGAUGCAUAAUGUUGUUCUGACACGUAUACAUGUGUAGGGUAGGAAUGAAAAUCUUAUCAGUACUUUGUGGACAUAUGAGCAUAAUGCAGAGAUGAGCAUUCAUAUUUACAUCUCAGAAAAAAAAGGUUUUCUAAUGAAUUUUUAUUUUUACAAAGUGAACUGUUAUAUAAAUGAAAAAAAAGAAUAGAAUGUUCCAAUUUUUAAGUUGAUUUUUUCUGAAAAUUUUUUUUUCGGGAAGAGUUAACAAAAAUUAUCAGUAUUGUUGUUUAAGAAAUUGUAUUUACUUCGCCAGUAUUAAUGUUUUUAUGUAACUCAGUAUUAUCAUGCUUUUAAGAUCGGAUACUUUUUCACUGUGAUAAAUGUAUAUAUUAUAUAGAUUUAUUUAUGAAUUUUGUCAAUAGGUCUCCCAUUGUUUGAGAUACACUCAGGACUCGGGAAUCACUGUAUUGAUGAAAAAGUAUUAAUUAUUAUAUAAUCUAGAAGUGUAGCAUCCCUUCAUAUAUAAAUGUGCCUGG